GACUUCAAAACUCGAAAACUGGUUGUGUCCGUCUAAGCUUCCUCUUCACCAUCUUCUGUACUUUUCCUCCCUCACGCAACAUGUCUGUUCUCCGUGCCCUUCGUCAGGUUGCUGCAUCUUCAUCACGGGCUGUUGCUCGUCCUGCGGCUCGCUCUGGCCCCUUGCGCCUUGCGACCGCACAGCUUGCUCCACGGGCUUCCAUGACUGCUGCAAGAGCAUUCUCGGCAUCUACGUGUCGUUUUUCGGAGGGUUCGACUGACAUUCUCCUCUCACAAAAACUUGCCGAGGAACUUAAGUACGAGAAAGAGGCUGUUGCUGACGCGCCAGGAGAGCCUGAGUUCUUGAAGACAUUCAAGGAACAGGGUAUCUGGGAGAUACAGGACGUUACUGGUAACGACGAGGUCACUCUCGUACGGAAAUUUGGCAAUGAGACUAUUCGUAUGAUGUUCUCUAUUGCCGACAUUCAAAACGCUGAGGAAGAGCCGGAAUACGAGCAGGAAGAAGGUGAAGGUGGAGAGGACCAACCUCCCAACUCGUACCCUAUCCGUGCUUCAUUCUCCAUCACGAAGGGUAAUGCCAAGGGGUCCAUCAACAUUGACACUAUGUGCCAGGAGGGCGCGUUCAUUGUCGACAACAUGUCCUACUAUCCUGAUGCACAGCUUGGUACCGAGCUUACCGCUGAGGCUGACUGGAAACGCCGGGGCUUGUACAUCGGCCCUCAGUUUGAUACUCUCGACGUUUCUGUCCAGGAGGAGAUCGAGAAGUGGUUACAGGAGCGGGGUAUCAAUGAAAACCUUGCCACGUUUGUUCCUGAAUAUUCGGAAUUCAAAGAGCAGAAGGAAUACGUAAGGUGGUUGGACAACGUGAAGAACUUCGUGGAUGCGUAGGCAUGUAGUUUGCUCGCACUGCUUUCAUGACCACUCUCAAAAGCCAUCCCCGCUAUCUGCAUGACCUUGCACACCCAUCUUUACACGUACAACCAUACAUUUAUUGGCUGUUAUCUCCCCUCUCAGUCUCACUAGCAUUUAAUGUCACUCAAUAUUCAUCACUUUUGCUUUUAAAAGUUUUUCGUGUCGACGUGGUGUCUUCAAGUUUCAGUGGUUUGCUAACUUAUCCUCUAGAGUUGCUGUGAUUGACAAAUAGGGGAAUUUUGAAUUUUUAUAUUUGGCCAUC